AGAUGUACCCCUUGGCCUGUGCCUGAAACCUUUUUCAGUUCGCGAUUUCCCUCACGUGUUCUCGGGCAUCCUAUCGCCUACGCCAUGGCGCCAGUUGCAGUGGUUGACAAGUCUUCAAGGCCAUCUUUAUCUCAAGGGGAGGUCGAGGUGAUUUUGAAGCAAGCAGGGAUCGAGGAGAACUCUCCGGAUGCCUUUCACGGUCGUGGCGGUAUCUCCAUGGUGGUGGCAGUUGCAGUCUUCUCAUCUCUGGCAGGUUUGCUGAUGGGUUUGGAUAUCGGAUACAUCGCGGGAGUCAAGACCAUGGAUUCCUUCUCUGAGGGUUUGCUUCAUGAGGAGAAGAUCAAAGACACCCAGGACAGUUUGAUCACCAUGAUCUUCGGAGUGGGUGCCGCCGUGGCGGCCUUUCCACCGGUCAUGGAUUGCUGCGUCUCGAAGCUGGGCCGGAAGGGCGCCGUGAUCUUCGGAGGCCUCGUCUUCUGCCUAGGGGCUGCACUGCAGGCUCUAGCCAUCAACAUGGCAAUGAUGCUGUUGGGUCGCAUCAUCGCCGGCUUCUCAGUGGGUUUGCUGUCGGGCAACGCCCCGGUCUACACCAGCGAGAUCGCACCCCCUGCGUUGCGCGGCGCGCUGGUCACGGGGUUCCAGUUCGCCAUCACGGUGGGUAUCAUGAUCGCCUUUCUCCUAGCCUUGGUCUUGGAAGAUGUCGAGAAACCCUAUGGCGGAUGGCGAUGGGUCAUCGCGGCACAGAUCGUCCCUGGCAUCAUGCUGGUGAUUGGCGGCAUCUUCAUGCCUGGCUCGCCUCGCUAUUUGGUACAACAAGGCAAGCCUCGGCAGGCGCUGAGGUGUUUGUUGUUGCUGCGCAGCGAGGAUGUGCGUGAAGAGCUGGCGGAGAUUUGCCAAGAGCAUGAGAUGGACUCGACCACGAAGGGCACCUGGGUCGAGUUUUGCUCCGGCGACAACUUGAAACUGCUGGGCAUUGGCGUCAGCAUCCAACUCUUACAGCAACUCUGUGGCAUGAACGCCUUCAUGUACGACGGCCCUUUGAUCUUCGACAAACUCUUCGGCAAUGAACACGCUGGGCGCCUUUUUACCCUAGUCUCAGGUGUGGUCAACAUAUUCGCCACCAUCCCUGGACUUUUCUUGGUGGACAAGUGCGGCCGAACGGUGUUGAUGAAGUGGUCCGCCGUUGGAAUGAUGUUUUGCUCCGGUGUCCUUGCGUCCAUUGGAGACCUGUGCUUCGAGGACGACAUCGGAACUUGUGGUCCUUGGGCCAAGUGGACAGCCACGCUGGCCAUUUGCGGUUUCAUUCUGAACUUUGCAUACGGCUGGGGCGGCAUGGCAUGGGUCUACUGUGCCGAGAUGUUUCCGCAGAAGCACCGGACCAAGGGGGUGGCGGCCACCACCGAUGCCAACUGGGUGGGCAACAUUUUGAUUGCCUUCCUGCCACCGUUGAUGUUUGACACCUGGGGCUUCAACACGUUUUGGGUCUUCGUUGGCACCAACUGUCUCUGCCUCUUCUGCGCCAUGUCUUUGCCAGAGACCAAGGACAAGAGCUUAGAGGAGAUUACCUCGAUGUUCAACCACUGGUUCCACCCAGGUUGA